UCCGCCGUCAGAUCGCUCCUCUGUGUGACGACGUGUUCGUCGCCGGCCGCCAUCUUUCUCCUCACAGGAGAGCCGCGGGUUCGAUUCCGUGACGACACCGAGGAGCCGCCGAGCUGCGUUGCCCACCGGCGCGGCAUGCGGAUAUAAAGAAGACGAAGAAGAAGAAGAAGAAGUGAGGGGCCAUCUUUUUUUCAUAUUUGUCUCCCUCCCUCCCUCCCUUCCUUCCUCCCUCCUCUAACUGACAACCGAGCGAGGCGGAGGGUUCACCGGAACCGGAGCUGGUGCUUGUUUCUCGGAAGAAGAAAGAGGAAGAAGAAGAAGAAGAAGAAGCCUCGUUCAUCAGUUGCUGCUUCGCCCCGAGUUGAGCUUCCUCCUCCGGGCUCCACUCGCUUCACUCGCCGAGCACAGGAGACACAUUAUGCUCCAAAGUUGGAACCAGCCGGUCGCCGUCUGCAUCUGAAAAAACACCAGGUUGUUGUUGUUGUUUUGUAUUUUAUUAUUUCUGCUUAUUUAAAAUAACAGAAGAAGAAACCCUCCGGAGCCGGCGGCGUUUGUGCAGAAACCACCCGGGGGAAACCCUCUCAGUCGGCCGGGGCCACACAUGCCCUGCCCUGCCUUCCUCCAACCCCUCCACCCGGCGGUGAUCGACCCGCACACGGUUUAACUUAUUCUCUAGUUUUUUUUAACUUAUUAUCUUUUGAACACAAUCAUGUCCGGUCGGUUCGAUUCCGCCGACCGGUCGGCCUGGUACUUCGGGCCCGUGUCGCGACAGGAGGCUCAGACCCGGUUGCAGGGGCAGCGGCACGGGGUGUUCCUGGUCCGGGACUCGUCGACCUGCCCCGGGGACUACGUGCUGUCGGUGUCGGAGAACUCCAAAGUGUCCCACUACAUCAUCAACUCGUUGCCCAGCAAGAGGUUCAAGAUCGGCGACCAGGAGUUCGAGCACCUCCCGGCUCUCCUGGAGUUCUACAAGAUCCACUACCUGGACACCACCACCCUGAUCGAGCCGGCUUCCAGGUACCCAAGCACAGUGAAUGUUCCCAUCCAGCCAAUGGGCGGCCCGGACGAGAACGUGGAGUAUGUGCGGACUCUGUACGACUUCACUGGCAGCGAUGCGGAGGACCUCCCCUUCAAGAAGGGGGAGCUCCUUAUCAUCCUGGAGAAGCCAGAGGAGCAGUGGUGGAGCGCCAAGAGCAAAGACGGGCGUAUCGGGAUGAUCCCCGUGCCCUACGUGGAGAAAGUGGUACGACCCUCAUCCCACCCCGGCCAGCCUUCCCACGGAUCUCGCAACUCCAACAGCUACGGGAUCCCCGAGCCCUCCCACGCCCUCGUCCACGCGUACGCUCAGCCCCAGACGCCGUCGCCGUUGCCCCCCGGCACCCCCGGAGCAGUUAUCAAUCCUCUACCGUCCAUGCAGAACGGCCCUGUCAUGGCGAAGGCCACUCAGAGACGAGUGCCAUGUGCCUACGAUAAAACGGCGCUAGCUCUAGAGGUUGGUGACCUGGUGAAGGUCACGCGGAUGAAUAUAAACGGUCAGUGGGAGGGUGAGGUGAACGGACGCCGAGGCCUCUUCCCAUUCACCCACGUCAAAAUCAUAGACCCCCAGAAUCCAGACGACUGUGACUGACCUCCCACUGGAGCCUCUUGCCAGUAUCGACGUGUACCCAAAUCUGCUGGCCGACGCCCCCUUUCCCCCGCCAUUGUCACCGCGGUUACGUGCUUGCCUGCUUGGGGCCGUACCAUGAUUGCGGCCCCUCUCGUUGCCGACGGUCACAGGGCUUACUGACUGUUUACACCUUUGGACAGCCGAUCCAAACUUAAAAAAACCCACUUCUCCCCCCGUCCCCUUUCCCGUGUCUUGCCUCCAGACUGGGCAGUGUUUUUUCGCAUUAGUGUCCUUUUCAUUUCCAGAUCACUGGGCAUCAGUGUGAGUGUGUGUGUGUAUGUGUGUGUGUGUGUAUGUAUGUAUGUAUACGUGCAUGUGUGUAGGAGUGUGUUCACAAUAGAUAUUUACCACAUUACAUCACAUGACUGUUUUUAUUUGAUUUGUGAGUAUUUGUUACGUUUGAAGUCUUGGGGACUUUAGAAAGCGUUGGUGUGCGAUUGUUACGUUGAUGCUGAGACGUUUGUACGAAGACUCGGACUUGGGAGAGCACUGAGGCUACGAGGAGUUAACCAGCCAGUCAAAUCCUUAUUUCCCCCAAACAAUCAACAAUCAGUCACUUUUCUUACUUCACCAUCACACACUUACUGGCCACGAGGAUUUUCAGGUUGACGGUUCCUUGUUGUGUAUGUGAUGUGCGACCGGAGUCGGGAGGUAGCAGAUGUGGAAGAUCGCAGUUGUAAUUUGACGUUAUAGAUCCGAUAAUCCCAUCCAACCUGGCACAAGUCUGGCUGACGAGAUUACUUAUCCUCCUGUCGAUGAGAUGACGCGGCCAUUAUGUAAUCUCAUCUGCUCCUUAUUUGUGCCACGUGAUCAACAAUAUUUCUUUGUUCAUUGUUAUUUUUAAUGGAGACAUCAUGAAGAUGUGUUGUGGAGGGUCUUUUAUUUUUUCCGCAUGCCCACUUGGUACUGCUUGACUGCCAUUCUCAUUCUUUUUAAACUUAUAGACUAGCAGGAUGUUUAGUGCCAACAGCAACAAGCUCUGGAAGAUAUAUUCCAACUUUUCUCCAGUGAAGUGCCGAGCUUUGAACAGCUAGCUUAAAGCGCAGCAUGAGCACUCGGGACUAAAGGCUUUUACUGAAGCAAGAAGUUCUGCUAUGUCAGUGGUGUAGGUCAGGAAAUGUGGAAAUGUCUCAGCGAGCCUAUGAGAUGCCUUUUUUUUCCAGAUAGUAAAUGCAUCUUUUAGUGCAUGCAACGCCCUCUCUAACCUUAUCUUUUAAAUGUGAUGUUACAACCUGCUCUAUUCCUUCAACAUUCAGUCUCUGCACAAUUUUUUACUCAUUUUAUGCAAACGGACUCCAUCGGACUAGUUCAAACUGUGCUGCAACCAAUUCAGUUUGUUUAGUGGGAGCUGAGGAUCGAACGGUUACGAAAACAUUGCCGACCCCCCCGACAUUUCUGCUGUAAAAAGGUUUUGCUCACGUGUAUCCCCCCCCCCUCCCAGUGCGCUCUGUUCAAAUCAUUACUCAGCCGUUGACUCUGAGUAACUGUGCCGCUUUUAGUUGUAUCCAAAUUUUUGUUUUGUAGUCGGCUAUUAAAUCAAGCAUUUUUAGUUUUGUUCAAAUGAGUGAUGUUAUUAAACAAAAAGUACCUACGGUGACAUUUACAAAAGGGAAAAAUGCCUGCUGGUUGCCUCUGUGCAUGACCUCUUGGCCGGGGGAGAUGUUUCUGCUCGGCCGAAUGCUGCUUAAUGUCAUUCGUCUCCUUAUUGAAUAAAGGUUUCUCUUAUUUGAAUCCCCUCUGGUCUGUGCAAACAAACCAGUGUUGGGGGUUUUCCUCAUCAGACAUAAUGAAAUCUACUAAUUAAGCAAUAUGCCCUGAUUAGUUCCUUUUCUUGAGGUGAACUCGCUUUUCUCAUGCUUCUGAGUUGUUUCUUUGUAAUGGCAUUAACAGUAUUACUGUGCUCUCUUCUCAUAUUCUAGAAAAGCCUGUCUUGUACUUAAGAAUUGAAAAUUGUGCCUUUUAUUUUCUUAUACCAUUUACAUGUGUUAAUAUUUCCCAUGGUUAACACCUGUGCUGGUAUUGACCCUUUAUGUACAGAACAAGUAAAUAAAAUUUACGUCUACUUCUUUAA